AUGCAGCACUUCACCACGCAGUUGCGUGAGGAGCAGAACAGGACACGCUCGCUGCGCGCGAGUCAUUAUCGCAAGUCGAGAAGAAAUAAAGAGAAAAGGAAACAAGACGAAUCGCUUUUCGACCUACAAGGAGAGGACGAAACGCAGCCAGACGCCACAGUCCAAUCGUACACCUCGUCUACCGCGCCUGGCAUAGCUCAGCUGCGUGUCGCAGGCCUAUUGCCCAGCCAAGAGAACGAGGUCCCUCCAGCACCCUUCCCCCAUGCGCCUGCGAGCGUGUCCAAACCACAUCAUGUCCCUGCUAAAGUCCACGAGGAAAUGGCCAGGCCACCUUCACGCCUCUACGCCGUCAACGCCACCUCUAAAAGCGGUGUCGUUCAAGGCCAACCAGAGGCGCAGAAGAGGGCGCACCUUGACUCUUUGUCCACGCUGAUGCAUUGCUGUCUGCUCAAGGGAGAUUACGAGCGUGCGGGGAGAGCGUGGGGCAUGAUCUUGCGGACGCAGGUUGCUGGUGGGCGCCCGGUAGAUCCGCGUAACCACGGACGUUGGGGCAUUGGUGCUGAAAUAGCCCUGCGUCGUGGACCACAAACGCUGAAUGAGCACAGAUUCUCUGAACAGGGCUUUGAGCUUGCUCGUGAAUAUUACAAUCGUCUGAUCAUACAACACCCAAACCGGAAACUGCAGCCUCAUGCUGUCGAUGAGAGAACCUUCUACCCGCCCAUGUUCUCACUGUGGAUCUACGAGGUUUGCGAAAAGAGCAAGCGCGCAAGAACGGAGUUGCGUGAGGACAUCGCGAAUCAAACACGCUCUUCUAGGAGUGUGUCAGUCGACAGUAACCACAGUAAGAGGUCAGACGGUCUCUCUGCGAAGGAAGAGGCGAUCCAAAUGGAAGAACUUACCCAAGCCCUGGAGAUUGCAGAACGCCUCGAUCAGGUCAUCAUGUCACCACCCUUUGACAGACAGCCAAGUCUUCUAGAACUCCGCGGCAAUGUCGCCUUGUGGAUAAGUGAUCUCACCAUGGGAAAGAUGGGCUCAGAUGAGGACUGGGAUACGGAUCUACCUAGAUACUCAAGUUCAGUCUCAGACCAGCUGAAGCGACUUGGAAGGGCUCAUCAGGAGCUACUAGCAGCACAAGCGUUCUUUGAGCGAGCUGCAACCAAUGGUGGUGAAGCUGUGACCCUGUCCAGUAUCAACGCAAAACGCAGAAACCUAGUGAAGAUCAUGGAGCAGUUGCGCGCUGCUGGGUAA